AUGAGCCACCAAGGAGGCCAGGUUCUGCACUUCCACCUGCGACUGUACCAGUGUCUCGGCUUCCACGGCCUGCCCCUUCCCGGGGAUGGGGAUCCUUCCGGGUGGCGCCGUAGGCUGCGAGCCUGGGGCCUGCUCCUCCUGCUGGCCUUAAGCGGCCUCAUUCUAGUGUGCCUCUUCAGCGACGAGGAGUUCCUCUACCAGGGGGACAUGUUCGGGUGCGUCAACGACGCUUUAAAGUACGUAUUUGCCGAGAUGGCUGUGCUGGCCAUUUACUUGGAGACUGUGACGAGUCAGCGGGACCUGGCGAACUUCUGGUACCUCCACUUCCGGCUCAGCAGUCGGAUGAUGGAGGCCGGCAGCCUCCGGAGGGAGCUCCGGCAGUACCGCCGCUUCAUCAUCACCUUGUACGGCCUGGUUAUGUGCGAGCUGCUAUUCCACGUGGUCAUGUGGCGGGUGCAGCCUCUCAGCCACCACAUGUUGCUCUUCUGGUCCACCUAUGAGCCUCUGGUUUUCCUGACCUACCUGCGGAACAUUCAGUUUAUCCUACAUAUGGAGCUACUCCGUCAGCAGUUGGCCCAGCUGGAACAGGAGCUCCGACUCCUGGCUGAGUACUCGAGAUUCGCCUGUAGCGGAACGGGUCGGAGCUUUCCCGGCUUCGAGACCUUUCUGCGUCGCCGGCUACUUCAGAAACAGAGGGUCUACAACGGUAUCUGGGAAAUGUACCGAAGCUUCCAGGGCGCCUUCAACUACUCGAUCCUCACAGUCCUGCUCUCGAUCAACAUACGGAUAGCGGUUGACUGCUACUUCAUGUACUACACCAUCUACAACAAUGUGGCCAAUAUAGACUACUACCUGAUCAUCCCCGCCGUACUGGAGAUCCCCGCCUUCGUCUAUGCCUCCCAGAGCUGCAUGCUUUACGUGCCCAGGAUCGCUUAUCAGCUGCACAACAUUGUACCCUCUUCCGGAAGCUGCAGUUGUCCCGAUCUUUCCCUGCAGAUCCAGAACUUUUCGCUGCAACUUUUGCACCAACCGGUUAGCAUCAAUUGCCUGGGACUGACCGUCCUGGAUUGCAGUUUUCUCACACGGAUUGCCUGCUCCGUGGGGACCUACAUGAUCUACACCAUCCAGUUUAUGCCGAAACUAAGCACUACGUAUUUUUAG